AUGCCGCCCACCACACCCAAUGCGCCGCCGCCUGUACCCGCGCCCGUGCUGGCUGCGUCUGACGACAGGCCGAAGAAGCAGCAGAAGAAGGCCGUGAUACCUAGGCAGAUACACUAUCCCUUCUGGUUCGGCGGCAGCGCAAGCAGUAUGGCGGCCUGCGUGACGCACCCGCUCGACCUCGUCAAGGUGCGCCUCCAAUUGCGCUCCGGCGACGCGCCCAAGAACAUGGGCGGCACCUUCAUGCACAUCUACAAGACGUCGGGCCCGACCGGCCUCUACAAUGGACUGACAGCGUCCCUGCUGCGGCAGAUGACAUACUCGACGGUGCGGUUCGGGGUGUACGAGGACCUGAAGCGACGGUACACACCAGAGGGCACGAAACCCUCCCUCCCGCUCCUCAUCGGGCUGUCGUCCUUCUCGGGCUUCCUCGGCGGCAUCUCGGGCAACGCGGCCGACGUGACCAACGUCCGGAUGCAGCAGGACGCGGCGCUCUCGGCCGGCGCGCGGCGGCACUACAAGCACGGGCUGGACGGCAUGUUCCGCAUGCUGCGCGAGGAGGGCGUGCGCAGCUGGUUCCGCGGCGUCUGGCCCAACAGCACGCGCGCCGCCCUGAUGAACGCCAGCCAGCUGGCCUCGUACGACACCUUCAAGGCCGCGCUGAUGACGCACACGCCGCUCGGCGACACCACGACGACGCACUUCGCCGCCUCGCUGAUGGCCGGCUUCGUCGCCACCACCAUCUGCUCCCCCGUCGACGUCAUCAAGAGCCGCGUCAUGAGCGCCCACACCAAGCAGGGCCUCGUGAGCCUCAUCUCCGAGAUCUACGCCAAGGAGGGCGUCACCUGGAUGUUCAAGGGCUGGGUGCCGGCCUUCUUGAGACUGGGACCGUAA